AUGGCUUUCCCAACAUUAUUUCCAGAUGGUAAGGGUGAUCCUACUAACCCAUCAUUACGCCGAGAUAUACCACUCGGAGAAAGAGUAAAGCACCUUUUAAAGUUUGGAGAAAACAAGAAUGACAAAUGGGUAUAUCGCUUUGCUACUCACCCCAGAUUUGGUUACUGGGCAUUGAAUAUGAUACAAAGAAAACGUAUUCUGCAACAGACAGGCAUGUUCCUAAAACAAAACCCAGGAGAAGCUCAUUUGACUGCUGAAGAGCUGCGGCAAAUGGCAACUAGCAAUAACACAAGUAUGUUUAUAUCUAAGAUAUCACGCUAUCUUAGUAACAUUACUGGUUCUAAUGCUUAUUGGCACAAAGCUAAAGAAGAUUUAAAAGCAAUAAUAGCCCAUGCUGGAGCUCCAACAUUCUUUUUCACAUUCUCCUCUGCUGAUAUGCAUUGGCCUGAACUUCAUGCAAUUUUGGCAACUCAGUCAGUAAUAAUUCAACUGACAACAAACGGCAGAAUGUGAUUAACAAUCCUCAUAUUACAGACUGGUUCUUUACACAGCGUUUAGAAAGUUUUAUUAAAUACUGGUUAUACAAUUCACUAGAUGCUGAGUGGCACUGGUACAGAUUUGAAUAUCAAGCUAGAGGUAGUAUACAUUGUCAUGGUGUAGCAAAGCUGAAAAAUGAUCCAGGUUUAUGUAAACUCUCAGAAACAGCUCUAAAAGGCUAUUUGGCUGAAAUGUCCACUAAUACAGCUGAGCAAGUCAAUAUACUAGAACUCAAUCAACAGAUAGUGGAUGGGAAAAAGGCUUCCCAGGUAGUUUGUCAGUAUGUAGAUUGGUUAUUGUCUACAUAUAAUCCAGAUCCACCAGAUAAUGGCACAUGGGUGAAGCCCUCUAUUCAUCCUUGUCAAAAGCGUCACAAGGACCUUGUAAGUUUACAAGACUCUGAACAAGAUUAUGUUGAUUUGUUGAAUACUGUACAAAGGCACACUCGCUGUAGUACAAACUAUUGUCUUAGAAAGAAACAAAACGAAACAGAACUGAAAUGUAGAUUUAAGUUUCCAUUUGAACCUUGUGUUAAUACAAAACUAGAGUUUGAGCCCAUUCAUACAAAAGAUGGAAGCACUCAAUACAAAGCAAAGAUCAUAACAAAGAGGAAUGAUAGCAGACUCAAUAAUCACCAACGACUUCAGCUUCAAGGCUGGAGAGCAAACUGUGAUAUUCAAGUGAUCAUUGAUUAUCAUGCAUGUGUUGAAUACCUUGCAAAAUAUGCUUCAAAAGGUGAACCAAAGUCACCUGUAAUGAAACUUGCAUUUAAUUCUAUUGUCCGUAAUUGCAACAACAAUAGCAACCCUACAAAAUUGAUAAAAAAAGUGAUAAUGAAGUCACUUGGCCAACGUGACUUCUCUGCACAAGAGACUAUGCAUCAUCUCAUGUCACUGAAACUUGUCAGCUCAUCAUUUAAUGUGGUACCUAUUAGUCUAAAUGGUUCACGAGAAUCAAAACUAUAA